GUUGCGGUAAACUUCUGCGAAAUUAUCUGUCUGGUUUCCUCAUUGUCUUGAGGUUGACGGUCUCAUCAAAUUUGCUGCAAAACAGGGUUCUUCUUCUCUACUGAAGUCUAUAUAAAAUUUCUACACCUUUCUGCAUGAACUUCCUCCUCCUCUCCACAGACUGAGGUGCUGGUGUGCUCGCCAACUGUUACCCUACUUCUGCGCUUUCUGACUCAAAAACAGAAAUCUAACGUUGGCCUUCUGCUCCUCUUAACCUGGUUUUUGUAACCUUGGUGUAAUCAACGGUUCACGAAAGGAGAAAAUAAGUCUGUACUCAGUUGCUUGUGGUAUUUUUGUGGUUAAAAUUCUCUCUCAGAUAUAGGCGGCUUUUAAGUAACAUUUCCUCUCAGACUGACACCAACGACUGAAUCAGCCAGUUUAUUGGGUUCUCAAUGUAGGGUACCGUGUGCCAGAGUGGGUUUUUGUUCUGUUUUUCAGUAAUUAGUUCUGCACCUCACUGUCUGCCUCGGAACCUAUUGUGCCAGAAGACAUGCACAGAGGUUCUCAGUUGCUUGUUAAUGUUAGUUUUAUUACAGAUAAUAAAAACUUCUGGGUGAUGUGGUAUUUAAAAGAAAACAAGAGAAUAGUAGGGCUCUAAUUAAAGCAGGUGUAAUACUGAAACCGACUGCCUUUAAGUUCAGCUGUGUUACUGCUUAUGUACAUCUCCUCAUCUCAGCUUGAGACUAACCAGCGGAGGUGCACAAAACAGUUUUCCAACUUUUCUCUCUCUUUCUCCUUUCCUUUUUUUACCCUCCCUCCGUCUCCCCAAACAACCCCUUCGAGUUUCUUUGCCCCGGUCCCUUUAUACCAAAAUCCACUCUAACACAACUAAAAAUUCAUUUUGUCUGACCUAAAUCAGAGGGUGUCUGCGCCAUGGGCUUAUUACACACUGCGCUUAAACUUGUGUUGUGGAGGAGGAUGGGGUAUUAUUAUCUUCCAGCUACCCACCCUGCUAUAAAAACUAGUGGUGCGACAUCUCCACAGCGCAGUGCUGCUGCCCUCCCUCCCUUCCUCUCACUCUCUCGCUCGUCCUACAUGAGCCACACACAACAGUGAGCCUGACUCUGAACUCCUCACUAGCCACUCUGCUACACAGACAGACCCAAGAAUCACACUCUGCUCUCCUCUGUUGCGCUGCUUUGCUUCUCUCCAUUGGAUAUUCUUCCCUGGGUGUUUUUUUUUUUUUUUUUUUUUUAAAUAUUUUUUGUGAAUGGGCAUCUGUGCCCAGUGUGAGGAGCUUGUGAAUGGACUGACUGCUUGGCUGACUGACUGACAGACGGGCAAAGAGAGAGGCAGCUGUGUUUCAAUUAAAGAGAGCAAUGCUGAGAGGUCAAGUGAGGAGCAACAGAGCCUCUUAGUAGUCUGGAAAUACAAAGACACGUGAGGGGAAUCGAGAAACUGAAGAGACAGAGCGAGGAGAAUGGUUCAUCACAGAGAAGAGGACUUAAUUGGGAUCCCAUUCCCAAAUCACAGCAGCGAUGUCCUUUGCAGCCUCAAUGAGCAGCGUCGCGACGGGCUGCUCUGCGAUGUCAUCCUCAUUGUCCGCGACCAGGAGUACCGCACCCACCGCUCCGUUCUGGCUGCCUGCAGUCAGUACUUCAAGAAGCUCUUCACAGUGGCCACCACUGACGGUGGAGAUCACCAUCACGCCGCAGCCGUGUACGAAAUUGACUUUGUAGCUCCAGAGUCUCUCACAGCCAUCCUGGAGUUUGCCUACACCUCUACUCUGACAGUAACAGCGUCCAACGUGAAAGAGAUCCUGAACGCGGCUCAGAUGCUGGAGAUUCCCUGCAUUAUCAACGUUUGCAUGGAGAUCAUGGACAGUGGUGAUGGAGGUGGUGGAGGUGGAGGAGGGAGAGAGGAGGAAGGAGAAGAAGAUGAAGAGGAGGAGGAGGAAGAUGAGGAGGAGGAAGAAGAGGAGGAUGAAGAGGAGGAUGGUGGGUCAAGAAAGGAUGAGCAGGAGGAGGAGGACAACGUCAGCGAAAGGUCCAUGCAGACGUCGGAGAGCAGGGGAGGACAGACGCCUCCAGGGACAGAAGGUUCGCCGCCUCCGAGCACCUCCACGUACCACCAACAGUUUAACCUGCACAGAGAGUCGUCCCAGUCACAGUCUCCAGACGCCACGAGAGGAAAACAGGAAAGCAUGGAGAGUCGGGCUCUGAAGGAUUUCUCCAUUGAAUCUCUCCUCCAGGAAGGGCUGUACCCACGCAUGUCAACACUGGACCGGAGGGCAAACUUCUCUCCUCUCCUCCCAGGCUUCUACCCCUCCAUGUGGGCUGCCGAGUUUCCAGCCUUCCCUCAGCAGCUGCUGGACCCUGGCCACCAUCAGCAUCCUCAUGCAGGAGCCUCACCACAAACCAGGCUCCCUCACACCUUCCCUUCUUCUGCACCACUCGAGGCCUCCAGGCCCCUUGAUCUAGCUGUGAAAAGAGAGAUCAUAAAGGAGGAGAUGAAGGAGGAAGUGCCGCCCAGUCUGCUCCAAGGUGACUUCCUGAAAGAGUUUGUCGGCUCGGGUCUGGGCAGCACCAUGAACGCUGGGUCAGUGCCAUCAGAAGGUCACUCACUGGGUCCGAUAAAGGAUGAAGCAGACUUCAGGUCAUAUCUGAGCUUCCUGAGCUCCGCGUCCCAUCUGGGUGCGCUGUUCCCUCCCUGGCAGCUGGAGGAGGAGAGGAAGAUGAAACCCAAAGCAUCGCAGCAGUGUCCCAUCUGCAACAAAGUUAUCCAAGGUGCUGGGAAACUGCCGCGGCACAUGAGGACACACACAGGAGAGAAACCAUACAUGUGCACUAUCUGUGAAGUACGAUUCACCAGACAAGACAAACUCAAGAUCCACAUGCGAAAGCACACAGGUGAGCGCCCCUACAUCUGCCUUCACUGCAACUCCAAGUUUGUCCACAACUAUGACCUGAAGAACCACCUGCGCAUCCACACGGGCGUCCGUCCUUACCAGUGCGAGCACUGCUAUAAAAGUUUCACGCGGUCCGACCACCUACAUCGACACAUCAAGAGGCAGAGCUGCCGCAUCUCCCGUCCCCGACGAGGACGAAAGCCAGCUGCUUGGCGGUCCACACCUACCAGCAACUUCCUGUGCCCCCCUGCUGCUGCAACCAACCGGUUUGAGGAGAACGGGUUAAGCCCUGCAUACCAGGGGGUCAAGAGUCACGGACUUGGAGAAUUGCUCGGCCUCAGCAACAGGGGUCUGGGAUUUAAGAGUGUGGACGGUAUGGGCAGGGAGAGCAGGGAGGAACGGCGAGCAGAGGGGAAGCACGUCGCAGAAGAGGAGAAAGCAGGCGCAGGGAGGCAGAGGGGAGUGUUUGCCUUCGCCCUGGCUGGAGAAGAAGUGCUUACCCACUCUCCAUUUUAUGCUCCGAGCUCUGACCCCUGGACCAUGAGACUCGAGCGUGCUCCACCCAUCCCUGAGCCGGCCAAAUGAACUCUGGUUCUGUAGAAGAGAGAGGAAAAAAAAAGACAAGAAAAUCUCUUUAAUCUCUGUGUCUGUUCUGCUCCAGGAAGCUAAAGCACCUUUUUAAAAAGUGAAAGAGUGACAUCAAUGAACAUUCUGAAGCCUGCUGAUGUGGCAGUGGUAAAACAGACAUUUUUCUAAAAACACAGUCCAAUUACAUAGUUAAAUUAAACUAUUGUUUUAGCCCAGAGAAUGUUUACAAAUACUUUCAUAGCAUUUAAGAAAAGGCCAACAAUUUGACACUGCUAAUGAAUAAAACAUAUCGGAAUGCUGCUUUAGAUAUAUUAUUUGCUUUAUUUACCUAGAAAACUGUAAAGUGGUAUUCAUGGAAAACUGACAUAAUUUCUCAGUAUUUCAUCCGAAGGAAAAUGAGGCUUUUGAAAUUAAAUGCAAGAAAAUCUAAAUCUACACUCAGAGCAGGGCCUCUCAACUAGUACAAUUCGGAAUUAGUGACUAAGAUGAAUGUAAAACAAAUGAUAACAUGUAGAAAAAUAAUCAAGACUUUAUUGUAUAAAAAUGGCAUUUUACCAGUUCAGUCACAUUGUAAAGGGAAUUGAAGUAGGCAAAAUUAAAACCCAACUGAGAUAUAUAACCACACAAUUCAGUGAUUUUUAUUUUGAAUAAUUGUGUUUGUGUUGAAAAUAACCAGUGCUCUAGAAAAAAAGCCAUUCAAAAUGGUUGGAUUAUUUCAUUAUUAUUUAAUAAUUUUCCAAAACAAUGGGAACCCACUUGAAGUCUGAAUCAGGAUAAUUGAUACUGUGUUAUUAUUCUUCCACUGCCUUGUUCUGAUUUAAGCUCCUUGUCUGCACUAUUGUACAUAGACACAAACCUUUGGCCAUGGUGGUGUUAAUUACGGUUCCGUUGCUGAUGAUGUAAACAAAUAUAUAAAUAUAUUGCUCUUUAAUGACUUCCAUCCAAAGAUGUGUACUUUGAUAUUUCACAGACUUGAAUAAGACUUUGUUUUAAUGUUUAUGAAUAUGUGUCUUCAGAGGAUGUAUAUUUCUGACUAAUCAAUUGCCGCUUUAGCUACACAGUAUGCUUGUGUUUUUUCUGCUGCAACAAAUCAAGAGGGUUUCGGCCCCACUUUUCAUAUAAUGUUCAUCUCUGAUUUGUGUAUAAAGAAGUUCAAAAAUUAUUUGAAUUGAAAUGGGAAAGUAUUUUCUUGCUAUUUAUGCGUAUUUAAAUGAAUGAGCCUUGGCUAUAUUUUGCAAAUCUUGUUUUAUAAAGACACUAAGUGUUGAACUUUG